AUGGAAUGGCUGAAUUGCUUCACAGUGACCUCGCGCAGACCCGGGUCGAACAGCUCGGCCGUGACAAGCUCGUUCAGCGUCUCCGCCAGGUCCUGCUGGAGCCGUGAAAGGCGGUAG